AUGCCCAGGCAUCACGCCUCUGCUAAUGGUUAUACCAACAACAAGAAAUAUGACGAUCACUACUCAGAUCGAGCGGACCUGGAAUCUAAGUACAUCUGGGGAAUGCACGAUCUAGAAGAGGAUGAAAAGGAUGCCCGUUCGUUCUUCAAGCCUUCAAGGGCACCCAUACACAGCCGUUCCCGCCUGGCCAAACAAUUCGCGGCUGCCGCCGGUAUAUUCUUUGUCCUUCUCUACUUAUUUCUACCUCCUCAAACAUACUCGGGAGCCGGAACGGAUUCCUCGUUUGAACAAUACGACAUAGAAACCCUUCGCUACUACGAUCUGAGCGAUAAUGUUGGCACGUCCGUGGGCUGGGAAAGGGAAGAGCGGGUUCUGCUGUGCACACCCCUACGCGAUGCAGCUUCGCAUCUGCCCAUGUUCUUCGCCCAUUUGAGAAACUUCACAUACCCUCACCACCUCAUCGAUCUCGCCUUCCUAGUGUCCGACUCAAAAGACGAUACGGAAACGUUGCUGACCGAGUUGCUUGAGGGGCUACAAAAUGAUGACAAUCCGUCACAACCAUACGGGGAGAUCUCUGUCAUUCACAAAGAUUUUGGCCAGUCGGUCAGUCAGGAUGUCGAAAGUCGACACGGUUUCGCCGCCCAGGCGAGCAGGAGGAAGCUUAUGGCGCAGGCCCGCAACUGGCUGCUGAGUGCAGCACUGAGGCCAUACCAUAGCUGGGUAUACUGGAGAGAUGCAGAUGUGGAGACCUGCCCCUUCACCAUCUUGGAGGAUCUCAUGCGCCACGACAAGGACGUCAUUGUGCCUAAUGUUUGGCGACCCCUCCCCGAAUGGCUCGGAGGUGAACAACCCUACGAUCUGAACUCCUGGCAAGAAUCCGAGACCGCCCUUGCCCUUGCCGAUACUCUCGACGAAGACGCCGUUAUCGUUGAGGGCUAUGCAGAAUAUGCAACAUGGAGACCGCAUUUGGCGUACCUCCGUGACCCCUACGGCAAUCCCGAUGUCGAGAUGGAGCUAGACGGAGUGGGAGGUGUAUCCAUUCUUGCAAAGGCACGAGUAUUCCGAGCUGGUGUCCACUUCCCAGCAUUUUCAUUCGAGAAGCAUGCCGAAACAGAAGGCUUCGGCAAGAUGGCGAAACGGAUGCAGUUCUCCGUCUACGGACUACCACACUAUACUGUUUGGCAUCUUUACGAGCCUUCAGUCGAUGACCUCAAGCACAUGGAAGAAAUGGAGGCGGAAAAGAAGGCACGCGAGGCUCAAGAAAAGGCAGCGCAAGAGCAGGCGAAAAAGGCACAAGCCGAAUUCAAGCAUGUCGACGACCAGUGGGCUAAAGACAAAGAGGGUAUGGCUGGCGCGGCCGCCCAAAAGAAAAAUGGCGAGGGCAAAGGCUACAAAGUCGCGUCCGACCCAGCCGAACCGGACAGCUGA